AGCGUCUCCUCUAAGCAAAAGCGAACCCCUGUGUGUCACACGCUGUUCGUGAGGUAAGAAACCACCACCUCGCUGUAUGUGCCCUCUCUGGAAUGGCGCGUUUUGUCUCGUGCGGUGCACUGAGCAGGCAAUGCCGAAGCGAAAGGACGCCCCUGCUGGCCCACUGCGUCGCUCCAAGCGACUCAAGGUCCCGGUCGACCUCGUCGGUUCCCUCGUCAAAGGCCCGCUGCUGGACGUCAUCCUCUUCAGUGGCGCCACGGGCAUCGCGUCUCUGAGCGCUGUGUCCAAGGAGAUCGGCGAGGAGGCCGAAGGUCAUGUGAAAGCCCUCAUCGACAAGGUGAUCAAGGAGAGAGGCCUCGGGCAGUGCAUUGCCUGGGAGGAGCAGCCGGCGACGCUGAAGCGGCACAUGAAGAAGGGCACCUACAUGAUUCGGCUGCUGCACUGCCUGGAGAACCUGGGAGACAGCCCCCGGAUCCCCAUAAUGCUCCGGCUCGCCCACCGCCAGGGCCUGCUGCCGGCGCUGCCAGUGACGCUCAACCACCUGGAUGUCAAGAAGGUCCCGUCGAGAAAGGACUUCGACGACCAGCCAGAGUCAGUGAGGGUGAUGAUGCUGCUCGGGCAUCGGCUCAAGGGCAGACACGGGAGCCUGGCCGUCCGCUGUGUGAACGGUGGUGUGAUGGGCACGACCUUCUACACGCCCGAGACGGUGCCCGCCGCAUAUGCCAAUUUGUUCAAUGCCAAGGACCCCGUGUGCAGGGGUGAGUGAGAUGAGGUGUGGUGUGGGCGGAUGGGGAGGGAAGUAAGUGGAUGUCUUUCUUUGUCCUUUGUGUGUGUGUUCAGCGGCUGACAUCACCUUCUCUUCUUACACCGACGCCACGCUGCACAGGUGGGCAAACGGAGAACAGCUGAUGGAUGUAAUCCAACAGCCCUUCUGUCUGUCUGUCUGUCUGUCUGUCGUUGGCAGCAUCCUCGAGUGCGACCCUGCCCAGCUGUGGGGUGUUCGCACGGCGGCCAAAUUUUUCAUUCGCAGGCGAGACAACCCCAACCUCUACGACGUCGCGGCCACCCUCAUCAACACGCCGGCACCCGCAUUCGGCUGCACAACCAUCGACGCCGUGUGCGGCGCCGAGACCCGCCGACUGAUCAUCCUGAGAGGCCUCAACGACGGCGACAACUUCUCGGCGUUUGUGCGCGUGCGCAAGUGGGACAGCCUGAUAUCGGUGACGGUGCGCACGACCGAGGCGGGGGCUGCGGCGGCGGGAGGGUGGCAGGCGACCAAGGCUGCCGCCAUCCAGGUGAUGGGCAACGUCGCGCAGCAGCUGCUCUACCCUGCAUGAGCAUGAGAGAGGGAGGACUGGGGUGGUGGGGUCUGUUGUUCGAGAGGAAUUGUCUGUGUUGCGUGAGUGUCGUUCGUUGUUGUGUGAUGUUUGGCUGAGAGAGCAUGACGGAACUCGCCAUGGGUGCCGGCUAGGCACAGGGAGAGAGACAGAGAGGGGGAGAGGUAGGCAUCUUAUAGUGAGUGCCAAGCAAGUGGGUAAGUCGGAGUUGCCACGGCGGUCUCUUUCACCCGUCGCCUCCAGCGGCGACACAGACGUGAUGAUACGCACCCGGUAUCCAUCACGUCUAUUUCGUCGACACCGGUGACCCUUGGAAAAGACCCCGUGUGUGACCGACGGAUGCAAGAAAGUUGGUCGACGACCUGUAUGUGUAUCCAGUAACGAUUCGAUCUGUCGGUGUUUGUCUGACCUACCUGCAUAACAAGGCGCUGGCAAUUUGUCGCCAGCGGCAGCCAAUGGUGCUUGCACAAGUGUGGACGCAAUGGUUGUCGAACGGAGACUUCUCUGAG